GAUGGCAACAGUUAGCUUUAUUUGUAAAUAAAGAAAGCAAUUUUGUUUGUGAGUGCCGGAUUUGAAAAGUUGUUUUUUAAUUUUAUUAAAGACUCAUAUUUUAUUAAAAUGUUAAAUAUUUUUUUACAAUUAUACAUUUUAGAUUUUUCUGCAGCAGUUAAAGUCUUAUUGAUUCGUAGUGCAAAAACGUCAAAAUGAAAACAUCGUAAAGUCUGGCAAAGUUUCUUUCGACGACUUUUAAAUACACUAUUUUUCUCAUUUAUUUAAUGACUCAUUCAUUAUUUAAUGACUAACAUGUCAGUAGAAACAAGUUUUCAUGAAAUAUGUAUAGAUUUAAAAAAGCUCUUUACAGCCCAACCGAGUGACUCAUCAAAAUGGAAGUUACUUAAAGAAUUUUUCGAUACUCUUAAAAACAGUGACUUUUCUACAACAUCAUCAGACUAUUACUUCGUCACUGAAACGUUACUUGACUCUUUAAAACCAACAUUAUUUUCUGAGGAAGAGCAAGAGAAACUGUUUGAUGGCAUAUUUCUUCAGGGAAUUCAUCAUGAAGCUUUUAUCGUUCUAGUCAAAAAAUUUGGCGAGAGUUGUGAAGGCUAUCAACAGAAAAAGAUUCUCGAUGUUUUACAAAAGUUUUUGAAAGGACCCAGUUUAGAAAAUUUAAUUUUAUACCAAUGCACAAGCCAUGGAAUUUGGGACCCAAGCUAUGUUUUAUUAUCAAAAAUUUGGAAUGAUUUGAUAACCAUUAUUAUAUCAUUGCCAGAGAGAAUCGCAAAUAAGACUAAAGGAGAAAAUAUUCCAAAACUAUUUAGGAAUAAUUUCUAUGUGCCUCUUCUUGCAUCAAAUAUUAUUAAAGUUCUUUCAGUGUUACGUGACAAAAUCUCUAAUGGACAAAACUGUACUCUGGAAUUUAUUGGAAGUCUUCUUGGAAGAUUAUGCAUCACUGGAAAUACAGAGAUACUGUCAAAAAAGCUGUGUGUUGAAUUCAUUAAGCGUACAGAGUCUGAUUUUAUUUGGAGAAAGCUUUCUCAAAAUUUAUUUAAGAAAAUGCCAAUGAGCUCUUUGGAGCUAUUUGUUACCCAUAUGCUGCUUAUAAUUCCUUGGUAUGGCUAUGUUGAAUGGAUAUUAGGAGAAGAAACGAUAAAGACUGAAAAGUUAAAUUAUUUAUUAACAAAUAAAUUAAUCACAUUCAAACAUUUUGAGCAAAAAUUAAUUCUUCAAAAUAUUAUUGGUCAUUUUGCUAGCUCAGAAAGUCGCCAAGAUCACUUUUGGAAGAUUUUUCAGUUAUUGCUCAAAGAUUGGACUAAUGCUUAUAACCUUAAGUAUCAAAGCCAUGACCAACAAAUGUAUAUUGCUGUUGCUUUGAUGAUAUGCUGUGGGUGGUUUAAAUUAUUGAAAAAUGCUGAUAGGACAAAAGCCUAUCUGUCUGAUAUUUUGAAUGGUACACAACUACGAAUUGGAAAUCCUGAUAAAUUUGUUCAAACAAUCGGAAUGGUAGUAGCAGCUGAUUUACUGUCUGUUAUGGAUCCAAAUGCUGAAAAACUGAAAUUUGAGGAAAUUAGUGAUACAAAGAUGGUGGAAUAUCUUCAAAGCUUUACCAAAAUUCAACAUAGUCCAGGAAAAGACUUAAUUUUCUUUGAGGAAGAUCUAAAGUGUUUCAAAGAAGUAGAAUCCUCAAAAAAGAAAUGGGAUAGUCAACAUCUUGAAAAGAAUGCUCCAGAAAAGCAAAAUGUUGCUCCUUUGGAUGAUAGUGAUGAUGAUUUAGAACCUUUUGACAUGACUAGUGAUCUUGUUUUAAAGAAACCUAAAUACCCUUUGUACUUAAAUGACUGUUUGCAUGGGAUCAUUGAACAAGAAGACAGAGAUUGGCUAGAACAAUGCCUAAAGCAUGCUGAAAAAUUAAUAACUACAAAUUCUGAUACUCUUCAUGAGCUUGCUGAAGAAAUGACUAAAGUUGUGCUCCAUUUAGAGAACAAGUAUAACAUUGAAAACUUUGAGAGUAUGAGGAUGAAAAUAUUAGUUUGCCUUGCAACGCAUUGUCCUUUACCUGUUGUCAAAUAUCUGACUACGGAAUUCUAUGAACCUAAUUACAAUAUACAGCAACGCUUAGAUAUGUUAGAGGUAAUAGCAAAAUCAAGUUUCCAGCUAUCACGGCCGCAUUCUGAUCCUAGUGUUAUCCAAGAUCCUGAACCCAAAGACAAUUUAUCUUCAAAGCAAGCUUGGAAAAUAAUUGUUGAGGAACGCAUUGCUUCAAAAACAAGAUACAUAACAAAGGGUCCAAAAAAGGCUCUUCCGGAACCAGUAGAAAAUUUAUUUGCUCCUAUUGCUGGUUUUUUCUUCUUUCCUCUAAUACACACUUAUUAUAAAAAAAAUAAGGUCCUUAAAGUAUUUGGAGAAGAUGGUUAUGUGCUUGGUCGGUUAAUUUAUACCCUUGGAGCUGUGAUUCAUUCUGCUACAAAUUCUCAUCAUGCUCCUCAAAUGGCAGAAGUUUUCUUAGAAUUUCUCCCCUGUGUUUGGAAUCAUGAAGAAAUAUUUGUACAGGAAGCUGUACUUUUUGCUCUAGUUUCACUGUAUGCAAGUGUGCCAGGUUAUUUAUUGAUGGCUCCAGACUCUAACCUCCAAACAGCAGUUUAUGAAAGUGAAAAAUGGUUGCAAAGUGUGAUAACAAAUGAUUUAGAUAUAAAUUGUCAAGUUAAAGCUUCUUUUGCUCUUGGUUUUCUUGUCAAUAUCAUAAAAGAGGAACUUCCAACUAUUCCUGGAAUAUUAGACAGUUGAGUUUCAUGAUGAAAAUAAAUGUAUAUAUCAUUUUCUUGUCAAUAAAGAAUAAUGUUGAGAAAAAAUAAAAAUGACGACUGUUUGGAAAAAUAAAAAUGUUGUUGCUGACCAUCGUGAAUUGCAAGUGCUCUGCUUUUAAGGUGCUUCAAAGGUGCUGAAUUGCUUAAUCAUUCAUACAAUCAGGCAUGAAAGUUUUCAGCUUUUACUCUGAAUUCAGCUUUUUUCAAAGCUUUUUAAGCUCCAUACAUUUAUUAAUUUCAUAAUGUUUGAUUGCGUUUACGUAGAAUUCAGCUUUUUUUGCUAACUGGUACUUUCAUCCCUGUACAAUCUACAAUUGCUGACUAUAUCAACUUGAUUAAUAAAUUGUGUUUCAUUAA